AAAAAAAAAAACCUCAAUUGAACGGCACACCCAAGACCCAACCAUCCCCAACCUGCAGCCGAGUCCUUGGAUCAAUGGCAGCAUCACCUAUCACGUUGGGAGCUGCAUUCCGUUCGAAUUCUCAGUGAAAAAAUAUAAAAACCCAUAUUAAUAGUAGUAGUGUGUGUGAGUGGAUGUGUUGUAUAAAAUCUAGAAUUGAAAGUUGUCCACUCCAUUACCAAAGAAAAAAAAAAAAACCAUCCCCAACCUCAACUCACUCUUACGCACAGAGCUUCACUCAGACACUCGCUCUCACCUCUCUCACUCACCGAACGCUCACUGCCGGUUGUCACUCGUCAUUCUCCUCGCCGGCUCCUCUGCGUUGUCCUCGCGCCGUCAGUGUUUGCUCGCCUCUGCUUCCUUCGCGACUGUGCCUCCUCCGUCAGUGUCGUCCCGGCCGCCUUUGCUCUGCUGUUCCUCCGCCUCGUGCCUUGUCUGUCUUUGCUUCCUCCGUCGUCAUCAUGUUGGCUCAUCUGCAGACUCUGCUCUGCUCCUCUUCGAAGCUCUCCCUCCGCCGAAGCUCUGCUCUCUCUCGUCGGCAGCUUACUCUGCAGCUGUUCAACACGGCAACUUCCCCAAGUUGAAAAAUCGUCCCUGACUGUUUCUGGCUUUCUGCUUCUGCUGUAGAUUUGACAAGAUCAUCAAUAAGGAAAUUCUUUCUAUUGUGCUGUAUGAGGAUGAUAAGGUAGUAAGGUACUUUUUUAGCUUUUGGCCGAAUCCUCAACUUAACUAGGUGAAAGCCGCGGAAUUUAAUCUGUUGUUUUUUCUGUCUGACUCUUCUAUAUUGAUUUAAAAUCUUAUUAACAUUUAUAUACACUCUUUAGUUUAUACUAUGUUGAUCAGGUAGACAUUUAAAUUAGUUCUGUGGUAUUAAUUCAAUGUUAAAAGCAAUAAAAUAAAAAUUACCUAUUAUGAAAAAAAAAUCAUCUAUAAUUAUUUAAUUAUAACCAGGUCAACCAGUUCAACUAAUCACCCAACAGUUGAACUAGUGAUUCAAUAACCACAGUACUCUGAUCGUGUUGCUCUGAUCGUGUUGAUUCAGGUUCAGUUCUGAUAACUAUAGUUUAGGUAUUCCUUAUGCUGUUAUACACACCCCUAACCAUUAAACCUGUUUUCACAAACAGGUACUGUCUGUACAACUACCUGCUUCUUUCUGCUCUUCAGGUUCAAGUCAGUCUCCCAAUUAAUUAAACCAUUUUUGUUGACAUUUUGUCAUUAUUUGCUUCAUCUUACGCAGAAAAAAUGAAGAACUUUUUCUAUCAUCUUAUGCUGAAAAAAUAAACAACUUUUUCUAUGGUCACUCUUCAUAAACAAGGACGAAGAUGAUGACUGGUACUAGGAAGUUACUGUCCCCAACCCAUUUCCGGCCCAUCCCCACCAUUGUCCAUAACUCUCUUGCUGAUGACACCCAAUUGAAUUCUAUUGCACCGUUUUGCCCCAAAGACAUUUCCGGUUUAGCCACUGAUCUCAUCAAAUCAUAUUUUGAUAAGGGGUCCAUUGAAGAAGCACGCAUGCUGUUUGAUGAAAUGUCACAUAGAGAUGUUGUCACUUGGACUGCUAUGAUUACUGGCUACAAUUCUUGCAACCACCAUGGUCGUGCGUGGAGCGUGUUCUGUGAGAUGUUGAGAUACGGGACACGGUCUAACGAGUUCACCUUGUCUGCAGUUUUGAAGACAUGUAAGGGGCUGAGUGCGCUUUUGUGUGGGAAGUUGGUUCAUGGGUUGGCUAUAAAGAAUGGUACUCAAGGGUCAUCCAUAUAUGUUGAUAAUGCGCUAAUGGAUGUGUAUGCCACUUGCUGUAGUAGCAUGGACAGUGCAAGAAUGGUUUUUGAGAGUAUCCUUAACAAGAAUGCUGUCUCAUGGACAACUUUGAUAACUGGAUAUACUCAUAGAGGAGAUGCCUAUGGUGGCCUUCGAGCUUUCCGCCAAAUGCUUCUGGAGGAAGGAGAGCUGUGCCCCUUCAGCUUUUCAAUUGCUGUUAGAGCUUGUGCAUCUACUGGCUUGGUUAAUUUGGGCAAGCAGGUACAUGCUGCAGUGAUUAAUCAUGGAUUUGAGUCCAAUCUUCCUGUCAUGAAUUCUAUACUGGACAUGUAUUUCAAGUCUUGUUCAGCAUGCGAGGCAAAGCAAUUAUUCUUUGAAAUGAGUCAGAAAGAUACUAUCACACGGAAUACCUUGAUAGCUGGUUUUGAGACAUUGGAUCCUAAACAAUCAUUCUGCAUCUUUUCUCAAAUGGUAUCUGAAGGUUUUAGUCCAGAUUGCUUCACAUUCACCAGUGUGGUAGGUGCAUGUGGUAAGUUAGGGUUUCUGUAUUGUGGGCAGCAGCUUCAUGGGGGAAUUUUUCGUAGAGGCUUCAAUAACAACUUGGUAUUAUCCAAUGCCCUUAUUGACAUGUAUGGAAAGUGUGGAAACAUAACAGAUUCACAUAAAAUAUUUAGCCAAAUGCCAUGCAAAAAUGUGGUCUCCUGGACUUCCAUGAUGAUUGGAUACGGGGCUCAUGGGCAUGGAAAAGAAGCUACUAAAUUAUUCAAUGAGAUGGUCAGAUCAGGUAUCAAACCUAAUACGAUAGUAUUCAUGGCAGUUCUGAGUGCUUGUAGCCAUGCCGGACUAGUGGAUGAAGGCCUGAGAUAUUUUAGACUAUUGACAAGAUUUUAUAAUGUUGCACCCAAUCAAGAGAUAUAUGGAUGUGUAGUCGAUCUGCUUGGGCGUGCUGGUAGAGUAAAGGAAGCUUAUCAACUAAUAGAGAAUAUGCCUUUUAAGCCGGAUGAAUCUAUAUGGGUUGUCCUUCUUGGGGCUUGUAAAGCUCAUAAACAACAAAGUGUAGGCAAGCUGGCAGCUUCAAGGGUGUUGGAAAUGAAGCCAAAUAGCGCAGGAACUUAUGUGCUUUUAUCAAAUUUUUUUGCUGCUGAAGGUAACUGGACUGGUGUUGCCUGCUUAAGGAAGCUUAUGAGAAGUAUUAAAAAUAAGAAAGAGGCAGGGAUGAGCUGGAUUGAAUUGAAAAACCAUGUUUAGAGUUUUGUUGUUGGAGGUGAAUGUUUCUUCAAAUGAGCAUAUUGUUGAAGUUUUGGAAGUAUUGAUUAUGCAUAUAAAAGAUUUUGGAUAUACACUUGGCUUAGAUUGCUUUGUACAUGACCAAGAAAAUAAGGUUUGAACACAAGCCAUAUGGUUAAUAUGUCAUUGCCGAAUGCUCAGCUGUUCAUAGCAGCUCAUUUGGUUCAAUUCUUGCUAUCUCAUUCAAACUUACUGACAAUACUUAUAAAUUG